AGAUCUUGUCAUGAUCGGCGCUCCGCUGCAGACUCCAUCCAAGUAAUUGUCAUUGCUCAAUAAGUCCACAUGGUUUAUAGGCUGAAAGUAUCUUGGUAAAUACCCCGGUUUCAGGUGGAUAAGUCAGAACUUCGGGUUGCCUUUGAGAAGCUUUUAUGAAAAGUACAUCUGAUUUUCAGAGAUGUAGACAGCCCACCACACUGCGUCAUAAAUCUGGCAGUGCCGUAAAAUCUACCCCUUUCUUCCGGAUACGAGGAAUCCACUUCUAAGAUAUGAUAAUUCUAAACUCACAUCUGAACUCUGCUGUUCCAUUGGACAUUGGGCUUCGCAUUUUCACACGCAUGAAGAUCCCUCAGAAUAUCAAUCGUCAACUUUGAAAGUCAAUAUCUGUUGAACGAGGAGGAACAGACCUAAGCGAGUCUUAAAAUAUUCAGGUACUUAAACACAUACUUUCUGCUUUUACACAUUGAACAGCAACGCACUGGUUGCAAUAUCAUUCAAUCUUCCUCAACAUUGUUUCAUUCCCCAAAAUGAAGUCGCAAUUGACGGGGUUCCUUCUUGGAGUCUCUUUUGGAGGCGUGAAUGCUGCUCGCAACUUCAUGAUGGAGGCGGCAAACUCGCAGCGCAUUUCCGGCUAUGGGCCAGUAGACAAACCCUCAUGGGAGCCGACAUUUAUCGAUGAAUCACCUCCCUAUCAAGGCAUCCGGAUCGCACGCCAAGAAUGGAAGCUAGAAUGUAGCAGCGCUGAGACUAGCUUCCCAUGCCAGAGUGCAAUUGAUGGAACCAGCACAUCCUCUUGGCGUAGUCAAUUGGGCUCCGAAGGGCACAGCAUUAUAGUAGACCUUAACAAACCUCAUGCUGUCAAUGGGCUUGUUAUCUUACCUCCAAUUGAUAGCGGAAGUGAAGGUCUGAUUACUCAUCACGAAAUAUACACCAGCAACGACAAGAAGGAUUGGAAGGGGGUCGCAUACGGAAUGUGGCCAAACACAAAUAGACAGCGACUAGCCGCUUUUGAGCCCACAUCCGCUCGAUACGUGAAGCUCAGUGUCAGUAGUGAGAUUGAUGAUCCGUCUUGGAUCGGUAUCUCAGAGAUUAAUAUCUAUGCAACACAGUACACCAUUCCCCAGGAACCCAAACUCGGUAUAUGGGGUCCGACGAUUGAUUUUCCAGUUGUUCCAGUUGCUGGUGCUCAAGAGGCUUCUGGAAAUAUUGUACUGUGGUCAUCUUGGGCUUCGGAUCGGUUCCAUUCCACACCAGGAGGUAAAACGGCAAUGGCACGUUGGGACCCAUUGACAUAUAAAGUGUCUAAGCGCAUUGUUACGAACACUGGGCAUGAUAUGUUUUGUCCGGGAAUUUCCAUUGAUGGUACCGGAAUGAUGGUCGUUACUGGCGGGAAUGAUGCUUCCGAGACUAGUUUGUACGACUCUUCCACUGAUCAAUGGACAAAGGGGCCCGCAAUGACAUUACGUCGCGGUUAUCAAGCAUCAACAACCCUCUCUGACGGACGCGUUUUCGUCAUUGGUGGCUCUUGGCAUGGAGGGGCAAGACUUCCCAAAAAUGGAGAAGUUUACGACCCUAACAAGAAAACUUGGUCUAUGCUUCCCGGUGCCACGGUCGAACAAAUGUUGACCGAUGAUAUGGAAGGUCCUUGGAGAGCUGACAAUCAUGGUUGGUUGUUCGGAUGGAAAAAUGGGAGUGUUUUCCAAGCCGGCCCUAGCCGAGCUAUGAAUUGGUACUUUACGGAUGAAAAUGGUAGUGUCCAGGGAGCUGGAAAUCGCCUGGAUGAUGCGGAUUCCAUGUCUGGAAACGCUGUAAUGUUUGAUGCUACGGAAGGCAAGAUUCUAACCAUUGGGGGCUCUCCUGACUAUGACAGCUCUUAUGCCACCAGCAGUGCGCAUGUAAUUACCCUCGGGGAACCUGGAGAAUAUGCGGAUGUAAAACCUGCUGGAACCGGCGGUGAAAUGCAUUCAAAACGUGUUUUUCACAGUUCCGUCGUCCUACCCGAUGGGACUGUUUUCAUUGCCGGUGGCCAGACCUUUGGGGUAGCUUUCAACGAAGAAAAUGUGCAAUUCAUCCCCGAGCUGUAUGAUCCGAAGACCAACACUUUCACUAAGCUAGUGAGCAACAACGUCAUUCGCGUUUACCACACAUUAUCGAUCUUAUUGCCAGACGGCCGGGUUUUGAACGCGGGUGGUGGGCUUUGCGGUGACUGCUCAGCUAAUCACUAUGACGGUCAAAUCUUCACGCCACCUUAUCUCCUGACCGAAGAGGGAGAACUUCGUCAUCGUCCCGAAGUCAGCUCAAGAGUCCCAGAUGAAUUGAACGUAGGCGAUGUCCUUGAGCUCACAACAACUGUUCCGAUUCAUUCUGCGUCCUUGGUUCGCAUCGGUAGUGCAACCCACACAGUCAACACCGACCAGCGUCGCAUACCCCUCUCGUUGAGUAAAAAUCCAUUGCAUAGAAAUCGCUAUGCGACGCGCCUUCCCACCAGUUCUGGUGUUCUUAUUCCUGGAUACUGGAUGUUGUUUGUCAUAGACGAACAUGGAACGCCUAGCAUCGCGAAGACUAUUUUCAUCCCUACCCCAAAAACAACCAAUUCUAAUGGGGAAAAACAGAGCCAGCUAGGUUUACUCGAGUCUUACUGGCAAAGUUGGAAGCCGACACUGAUGGCACAAUUCUCACGCUCGGGGCGAGAAUUGAUCUGAACGGAUAUUAAGAAGGGUGGAUAGGACUGUCAGUCAAGCUGUAAGAGUGUAGUAGUAUGAUGAGUACCAGUCGUGCCAUUAGAUCGUUGGCUUGUUUUCGAGAAUUUAUAUAUAUCAGACUUCUAAAUCAAAGCAUGAUGGAUGCAGAAAAUUAAAGUGAAUGAGUGAACUCUGAAAGAAACGUGUAACCUUGUUACUUUCAGGUCUUUUGAAAUGAUGGGUCUGCAGGUCAAAAAGACACUGUACAAUUAUGCAAAUCCACAGCUAGAGCAUCACUGAAUCUCAGUUAAGAAAGAAUAUAUACUUCAUACUUCAUACUUCAGUAUCUGGAUCGUCUUUGUGUCAACUUCUGAUGAGUAAGGUUAGUAGUUGAUUUAGCACGUGACCUCUACGCAUUAGCCAUUUGUCAGCAGGGGUUCAGACUUUUGCUUACCUGGUAGCGAGAAAGCGUGUUUCUUUACGUCAUACAUCGUUCUGAGAGUAUUAUUCAAAAUAGAUUUCGUUUUUGAAGUUUGUGACACACCUUUUUCUGAAAUGCCUGGUGACCAUCCUCACCCAACUCUUUUCCUACCCCUCAUGAAUCAAUUAUCUGCACAGAUUCGGAAACGUCGGGUCCGUCAGCGACCGCUACCACAUCCCCAUCAACCCCUCUUAAAUAGG